AUGCAGUCCUCUUCGUUGGGGAGUGCUGAUGAUCCUCGCUUUCGACAGACACAUUUAUUCCAAAUGUUGGUGAAGGUCAUAAAUACGUCGGCCGAGAAUGCGACAAAAACAGCUCUUGCCACGUCAUCCACAUCCACACCAUCAUUUGUCGACACGUACUCGGCGACGUCGUUACUCGGCGAAGAGGGACGAAUGAUUCUGAUAGUCGUCGUCGGCGCACUCUUCGCAUUCUUGACAUCAGUGGGAAAUUUGAUGGUGAUGGUGAGCUUCAAAAUCGACAAACAACUGCAGACAAUCAGCAACUAUUUCUUAUUUAGUUUAGCCGUCGCUGAUAUCGCUAUUGGUUUCAUUUCAAUCCCAAUGUUCACUUACUACACUGCUGUCCAAAGUUGGGAUCUCGGUUACACCAUGUGUCAAUUCUGGUUGUGCAUUGACUACCUAAUGUGCAACGCAUCUGUCAUGAAUCUCCUAUUGAUUUCAUUCGAUCGGUACUUCUCUGUAACACGUCCAUUAUCAUAUCGACCGAGAAGAACGACGAAAAAAGCGUUGACAAUGAUUGCGUGCACAUAUAUAAUUUCAUUAAUACUCUGGCCACCAUGGAUCGUUUCAUGGCCUUAUAUCGAGGGAAAAUUCACUGCUGAACCGGGAACUUGUGUUGUACAAUUUCUACAAACAAACCCAUAUGUAACAGUUGGAACUGCAGUUGCUGCAUUUUACCUUCCAGUUACAAUUAUGUGUAUUCUAUAUACACGUGUCUACUGGGAGACUCAAAAAAGGCAGAAGGAAUUCGGAAAACUUCAGGCUACUCAGUUCUCUCGUCGAUCCAUGAAACGAGAUGUUUCUUCGACAUCAAUAGUGAAAUCCAGUGGGUCAGUGAGGAAAAAGAAUCACGAAGGCUACAUAGAAGAGAGUCUCACGCCAUGCACGUCGUCCAGAAACUCCAAAAGAAAAUCGUGGCUUCGUAACUGUACCGGGAAAUCCAAUUCAUCAUCGGAAGAUAGUUCAGAAGCGGUGGCCAUGAAUCUAGACGAUACUUCACUUAGUUCAAGUCAUUUUGCUUUGAGUGGGAGUCGAAGGAGAAAUGUUUCACCGCCCUGCACACCAAUGCCAACCAACUUUGAAGACGAAGAGCAGACAGAUGCUGGAGCAUCUAUGAGAAAUGGUUCAGCCAGGUUUCGAAGUCGUCCAUCUGACACUAGAAACAACAACUCAGACACCUAUACCGUCUUAAUAGAACUAAAUGAUGAAGGAAGUCGUCCGAGUGUUCGAUUGAGUAGCUGUGAGCCCUAUCUAGAUGAUACAAUAUCCACUCGAAAUCGAUCAAAAAGUGAUUGUAACAGUGAAAUGGACGAGAGAAGGCAGAGUCUUCUCAAUAAGCAGUCGCCAUUCAAGAAUGGACGGAUCCUCAAAAACUUCAGUUCUCAAGAGCGGAAAAGUGAGAAAGAGCAGAGAAAAAAUGAAAGGAAACAAGAGAGCAAAGCGGCUAAAACUCUUUCGGCCAUCUUGUGCGCUUUCAUUGCAACUUGGACGCCAUAUAAUUUGAUUGUAUGUUGGGAAGCCUUCUUUCCAAACACAGUGCCAAAUGUGUUAUGGACGUUCAGUUACUCACUUUGUUAUAUCAAUUCAACUAUUAAUCCGCUCUGUUAUGCACUUUGUAAUGCAAGAUUCCGUCACACAUACAUGCGAAUUCUCCGUUGUAAAUUCAAAGCAGAACGACCUACAAUCAAUCAAGGAUACGUUCGACGCAACUGA